CGCAACCAUCAACGGCCGUGUUUGGCGAAUCAAAUCUGCUGGCCACCCACUCAAGAAAAGUGUCGAAGGAGCGCGAAGCGCGCCGCCCCGCAGGCCGUAUCUUCGUGGCGCAGUCGCCCAGUGGUGGACAAUCGUGGGGACCGGUAAAGGCGAAGGGGAGGAUAUAGGCGAAACGGAAAGGUCCGAGCUGUGAGGCAGAAGAGAAGCGCAUCUCGGCAAUGGCCGUGGGUUCUGCGGGCAGAAAGGUGAAGUAUCCGCUGGUACAUAAAUUCGAGCCUCGUCGUGUAUUUUCCGCCCCCUGUCCUACCACGUUUCUGCCGCCACGACAGCAACCGUGGCUGCAGGUGGAUGACCGGUGCCAAGUCGUCAACGGGCAGGUGUGGCGCGCGCGGUUUCUGCAGGCCCCGGGUUUCUUCUUUUCCGCAUGGUUCCGUGGGGCGUGUCGCUUCAUUUGGCCCCGAAUGGAAUGGGGGCAUCACGCGCACAAGAGGUCGCAGAGAUUGCCGUGCUUGGAGAGACUCUCGACUCUCUCUCUCUCUCUCACUCUCACACACACACUCUCUCAAAUUGAGAGUCAGUUUUGCUUUUCCUCCCCCACCACCAAGAAAAAAAACCCCCCUCUUUUCCCCUCGCCAGCCAAGAAAGAAAGAUUCGCUUGCGAAGAAAAUGGGCGCCGAACAAAAAAGUAAGCACUUCCCCUAACUGGGAAAUUGAUGGGUCGGGACCAGGAGAUUGGGUCGGCUGGAGCAGCAACGUUUGUUUCACGGGCCGA